CAGUUUCCUCCUAUCGGAUUCCAUAUGCGAUUCGACGAGACUCGACCACAGAAUCCCAAUAAAACAGAGCGUUAAGACUAGCAGCCUCAGCCCGAGUCAGGCAAUCAGCUCUGAUGCAGUUUCAACCCACAUGCUUAUCGGAUUGAGAUAGAUGCAUUUGGCCUAUCAGAACCUUGUUCGAUUGGUGUUGUCAGCUUAACCCGAAUACAGCAGCCCUGAACGGCACGAAUGAUCUGACGGCAUAUGCUGCAAGCCAGGGUCUUUAUAUCCGGAAAGCAUUCGCUCCAUACUUUGGAGCCAACAACGCGAGCCGGCAUAUCUCUUGCAUUUGCUUCUCUAUUCUUCUAACAAUUACAUCCCCAUAGGAAGUAUUUGUUUGAAGUCCUCUGGAGGUCACGAUGAUGACCUCGAGUGAUGCAAAUUCCUCGCGAGGUGCUUCGCGAGGAGAAAAUGGAGCUGCCAUCAAUGCUCCGCUUUCGCAUCUCAACAAGCGGGAAAGUAGUGCUGUCUCUAGCAUUGUGUCAAAUCGAACGAACAAUGAUCGGCACGAUAUUAUGGUACGGUUUCUGCACAAAAGGUGUUCGCAAGCAAAAUGGCUAGAGCUUUCCGAAGACGAGUAUGGGGCCAUUGAUGGCAGUGAAGCAAACCUUGGUGUAAUGUUACGGCGGACGGACGGCAUAUACACAGCUGAACCUCUUUUCCUGAACCGAGACCUCGUCGCCGCGAUCGAAAGACUUGGAGCAGCCGUUGCUUUUACCAUGUCUUCAGAUAUAACACAUGCGCUCCUCCAACAGCUCACACCUCUUCAAAGGGAGCUCACACUGGACCCACGCGGAUUCGUGCUACCGAUCGUCAGCUCAGUGAGGGACAUCGCCACGCCAAAGUCAUCAGUGACGCGGGACUCAUACGUGUGUCUGUGUAAAGAAGAGAGACUCGUGUUAGUCUGGGGAGACACCGUACCGAGCAUACUUGCGCAUGGUACAGACAUCGAGACUAAGCUACUUGGACUCGUCUGGGGAUCUCAUAUUCCUUCGCACCAGUCUAUCUCUCCAAUCCCACCGGCUACACAGUAUAACUCUCAGCAGACAAGCGCACAUGGUCAGACAAGAUCUUCCAUGUUCCCCAUCUCGAGUCCUCUCGAUUCUGAGAUGAGUGAGAAGCUUGGUGUCAUUGAUCGUGCGAUAGAGGUCGAAGAGAUGGGCGACAAGGCAUACGACCCUGAGAAAGAAGCGGACCUCCCUGAGCGAAAGUUCUUAUUGGUACAUGCCGUGACCAUUGGAAUCGCGAUGGUCCUUGUCAUCGUAGUUGAAAUGGCCUGUUUGGCAAAGCUCAUAACAGAGUAUCGUCUGGAUGGAAAGAUGAUUCGUUUUGCCUUGGUCGCGACCAUCCCACUUUUCGCUUCUUUUUCCCUAUUUUACUUUAUUGUUAUAGGUGGUUCUCUUGGGCAGCUUUUCGGUCCACUUUCUGCAUUACAGGACAAUAGCAUUUAUUAUUCAGGCAAAGCCCCGAAACGAGGCCGCCACUCCAAAUAUGAGUUGCCGCACGUCACCAUCCAGAUGCCCGUUUACAAAGAAGGGUUGAAGGGUGUUGUCAUUCCAACAGUUACCUCCCUUCUUGCGGCCGUUAAGUACUAUGAAGAACAAGGCGGUACGGCGAGCAUUUUCGUCAACGAAGAUGGUAUGCAAUGUGUUUCGCCAGAGAUGCAGGAAGCGCGAAAGGCCUUCUACGAGCUGAACAAUAUUGGUUGGGUCGCACGGCCGAAACACAAUGAACCGAAGAAGAAAUCUUCUGGGGGCCUGUUCUCCCGGAAGAAGGCCGCGGAUAGCGAGGCCGCAGAAGUGGAAGACACUAAUUACUUCACUCGUCGCGGACACUUCAAGAAGGCUUCUAACAUGAACUACUGCCUUAACUUCAGCCUCAGGGUAGAGGACGAGCUGUUGAGAUUGAUCAGCGAAGAGUGCGCCCGAAGAGGGUGCACUCAAGAUGAUCUCACAAUUGAAGAUGAGGAUGCUCUGUAUCAGCAGGCUCGUGGAAAUGAGCUUGAGAAGGAUGAAGGUCGCACAUGGGCAGCAGGAAACAUCCGUGUGGGUGAAAUCAUUCUAAUCGUUGAUUCCGACACCCGUGUUCCUGAGGAUUGCUUACUUUUUGGUGCACUCGAGAUGCAUGAAAGUCCAGAGGUUGCUCUUUUGCAGCACGCGUCUGGAAUUAUGCAGGUGGUCAAUAACACCUUCGAGAACGGUAUCACGUACUUCACCGAUCUAGUGUACACAUCUAUCCAAUAUGCUGUCGGCAACGGCGAUUGUGCCCCCUUCGUCGGCCACAACACAUUCAUCAGAUGGAAAGCGAUUCAGAGCAUUGCAUUUGAAGAGGAUGGACAAACCAAGUUCUGGUCUGAGGAUCACGUGUCUGAGGACUUCGAUGUCAGUCUUCGUCUGCAGAUCAAUAAGUUCGUCGUUCGAUUGGCAACAUACCACAAUGGAGGGUUCAAAGAAGGUGUGUCAUUGACUGUCUACGACGAGCUAGCUCGUUGGGAGAAGUACGCAUACGGCUGCAAUGAACUCGUGUUCCACCCGCUGGUUAAGUGGCCUAGGAAAGGACCCAUAACGCCCUUAUUCCGAAAGUUUCUCCUGAGCCCAAUUAAGGUAACAUCCAAGAUGACCAUCCUUGCGUACAUCGGCACCUACUAUGCCAUCGCUUCAGCAAUCCCCCUCACGCUUGCCAACUACAUUCUUGUAGGCUGGUUCAACGACGACGUCGAUCAAUUCUACAUCACAAGCUGGAAGAUCUUUGUUGGCAUGGCCGUGGUCUUCAACGUCCUAAGCCCCCUCGCAUACGCCAUGUUGCGACAUCGACUGGGCCAAAAGACCUUCUUUUGGUCAUUGGUUGAAACAAUCAAAUGGAUGCCUUUCUUCUUGCUCUUCUUCGGUGGAAUCUCCUUCCAUCUCCUCAAGGCCAUCUUCUGCCACUUCUUCAGCGUGAACAUCUCGUGGACGGCCACGGCGAAGGAACUGACAGAGUCGGGCUUCAGGGUUGGUCUGGAUCGAAUUGUCAAGGACUUCAAGUAUAUGUACUUGUUCCUUGCGCCUAUCAUCGGGGGUAUGAUCUACUGUGCUCUCUUCGCGCCUAGAGGGUGGUUGAUCAGCGAUUUUGCGGCUAUAGUGCCGUUGGCUAAUCAGGUUGGAUGCCACGCGUUGCUGCCUUUUGCGCUCGGUCUCUUCUGAGUGAUUUUACUUUCCUCAUCCUCCGACAAUGUCUCUCAAGUCUCACGGCUGUUUUUACCAGUCAACCUCAAUAACCUCUUGUUCAUUCGCCAACAACACCGAAAUAGUUGUAUUUUAGCACUCCUUACCAGCAUAGCCGACGGACAGGACUUUUGGAAAUCAUCAUUUGAUAGAUCAUGAUUGCAUUUCUCUAUAAUUUGAUCUCUCAAUGUCGAUAUAUUUUGUAAAGCUGCGCAUAUGGGUAGGUACACAAGUGCAGUGCAGAGUAUAAUGUGGUUGGGAGAUAUUGGGACAAUUUAAAGAAUGGGGUUAAUUACACUGGUACAAGUAUUUUGCUUGCCGGUAUGCCGAUAUGAUUAUUUUCACAAAGUAGUACUUUAAUUUCAUGAUACAUUUUUA